UAACAUGGUUACAUGUCAGAGAGUAACACUUGAUCAUGGAACAUGGACUAAAGCGAAGGCGUCCGAGUCAGCUGCAGGAGCAGCAUCAGCCGCAGCCGCCUGGAGAGGCUCCGGUGCAAUGAAUCCUCUCGCGAUCGGAUUCUGCUUCUAUAAGGAACAAGCCCUCCACCACCUGCUUGGUGGCUGCUAGCAAGUGAUUUCAUGUCAAGCCUCAUUCAUUCGGCAGGAGCAAGGGGCAGAAUGGAGCAGGCUUGCUUGACGGGACACUGACUAGGGUCUGUCUUCUGUCGGACUGCUGGUUCCUUGAGAGCUCACAAUGACUGGCUCUGGCUCCAAAGCUUCCCACAAUUCCCACCCCAAGGGAGACAAAGGGGGCCGUUCCAGAAGCUCCCACACUCGGACGCUCAGUACUGCCAACAACGGGGGCUCAGAAGAGGAGGACAAAGAUGGAGGAGCAGUAUUCCUUGUCAACAAAAGUGGUUUUCCAAUUGAUGGGCAGACCUGGGAGAGAAUGUGGGGGCAUGUGGCGAAGGUCCACCCUUCGGGCAGAGAGAUGGUGGAAGCUAUAAGGAGUGCUGAUUUGCUUACAAAACCUUCUGUGCCAUCAGUGCCAAAUUACAAGGCUUCCAUGACGAUCCCAGACUGGCUUCAGGCAAUACAGAAUUACAUGAAGAUGCUGCAAUAUAACCAUACGGGAACUCAAUUCUUCGAAAUUAGGAAAUCAAGACCUCUAAGUGGGCUAAUGGAAUCAGCAAAAGAAAUGACCAGGGAGUCUUUGCCAAUCAAAUGCCUUGAAGCAGUUAUCCUAGGGAUAUACUUAACCAACGGGCAGUCUUCUGUCGAACGAUUCCCAAUCAGCUUUAAAUCCCACUUCUCAGGGAGCAAUUUUCAUCACGUGGUGCUUGGAAUUUAUUUCAAUGGCCGAUAUGGAUCACUGGGCAUGAGCCGAAGGUCAGAGUUGAUGGACAAGCCCUUAAUCUACCGAACUCUGAGUGACCUCAUCUUUGAAUUUGAAGACUCCUAUAAAAAGUAUUUACACUCAGUUAAAAAAGUGAAGAUUGGAUUGUAUGUCCCUCAUGAACCUCACAGUUUUCAGCCCAUCGAAUGGAAGCAGUUGGUACUUAAUAUGUCAAAGAUGAUGCGGACAGAGAUAAGGAAGGAGUUGGAGAAAUAUGCCAGGGACAUGAGGAUGAAGAUUUUAAAGCCUGCAAGUGCCCAUUCUCCAGUCAAGCAGAGAUCCCGAGGAAAGUCCUUGUCCCCUCGACGAAGACAAGCCAGCCCUCAGAGGCGGACCUGUCGAAGAGACAAAUCGCAGAAACUGAGUCCUAUUCGGCUAUCAGGAGUCUUCAGGCCAGCUGGUUUGGAAAAAAAUGGGGGUGACCUUUCUACGUUGAAUGAAGUUGGUUACCAGCUACGGAUCUGAGAAAACCAGAGGCCAAGCCACGUGGCUUCUGGAGAGUUUCUUGCCGCAC